CCGGUCAACAAAUUUUUUUUUUUUUUUUGCGCAUGGCUUUUACUUAAUUUACUCUGAUUAUAUAAGCCAAGAUAUAUAAAAAAGUGCGAUUACAAAUCGAAAAUAUUUGCUUUUUAAGAUGUUAUAGCGAUUUGAUCAUUUUUGAUUUUCGCGCCGAAUUAAUGUCGCGUCUUUGCACGCUACCGCUGUCGAAGGAGAGGUAAGAGGGCGGGGGGGUAGUGUUUCUUGCGUCGCUCAUCGCGCACGACAGUAUGUGCUUGCAUAUUACAGAGGAAUAACGUGUUUCAUAUUUUGUUUUCGCUGUAUUAACCUGUACAAAAUGGCUUCGAGAACUUGUAGACGAGACGCUGACUCGUUUUGCUAUAUUUGUGGCGAAUUUAUUAAAGUAAGGGAGAAAAAAUACGAUUUAAGUACAAAUUUAAAGAUUUGCGAGGCAUAUCAAGCUUACUUCCACCUACCUGUUAAAAAUCAAGACAAGAAAUGGGCCCCACAUGUGUCAUGUAACUCGUGCAGAUACAUUCUGGACGGAUGGUACCGAGGUGAAAAAAGAGCAAUGAAGUUUGCAGUGCCGAGAAUUUGGAGGGAACCCAGGGAUCAUCACACAGACUGUUAUUUUUGCAUUGUGAAUCCACUUAAAGGUAAAAAUUCAAGGAAAACAUCUUAUCCUAAUCUACCAUCGUCAUCCGCUCCAAUACCACAUACAGAAAACAAUCCUGUGCCUGCUCCACCUGUGCUGGAAAAUCAACUACUCUCUCAAGGCAGCCAUCAAUCACAGAGUUCAUGUGUAUCCGUACAUUCCGAAUUCGUUCUUGAAUCUGAACCAAAAAUACCACAUCUAAUCAACUCUGAAGAUUUCAACGACUUAAUAAGAGACUUAAAUCUACCAAAAAGUAAAGCAGAGUUAUUAGCAUCGCGAUUAAAACAACGGAAUUUACUUACUCCUGAUGUUCGAAUAUCUCAUCAAAGAAAACGUCACGAAGAAUUUUCUUGUUUCUUCAGUAAGGAAGAUGGUCUCUGUUUCUGUCAUGACGUGAAAGGUUUAUUUGAAGAAAUAGGUAUUCCAUGUCAUACAACUGAAUGGCGCCUUUUUAUUGACAGCUCAACAAAAAGCCUAAAAGCUGUUUUACUACACAAUGGGAACAAAUUUCCAUCUAUUCCAUUGGCACAUUCCGUACACCUCAAAGAAAAUUAUGACAGUAUUAAAAUGCUAUUAACUGCCAUCAAAUAUAUGGAAUACAAAUGGGAAGUUAUUGGUGACUUCAAGAUGGUGUGUUUUUUGACUGGAAUGCAAGGUGGUUAUACUAAAUUCUCCUGUUAUCUUUGCCUGUGGGACAGUCGUAAUGAUGCUGCUCACUACCGCCAAAAACAUUGGCCUGCACGUGCAGAGUACGAAGUUGGAAAAUCCAAUAUUAAAUGGGAAGCAAUUGUCGAUCCUAAAUCUAUAUUAAUGCCGCCAUUGCAUAUUAAAUUGGGUCUUAUUAAACAAUUCGUGAAGGCUCUAAAUCAUGAAUCUGAAGCUUUCAAAUAUCUGAAUAGUUUUUUUCCAAAGCUUUCAGAGGCGAAAAUUAAAGCCGGAAUCUUUAUAGGCCCCCAAAUAAAAAAAAUUAUGGAUUGCGAUAUUUUCCCAGAGCUACUUAACAAUGAGGAGAAAAAAGCCUGGAACAGUUUUAAGGCAGUAGUUCGUGGUUUUCUUGGAAACCAUAGAGCUGAAAAUUAUGAAGAGCUCAUCACUGACAUGAUUACAAAUUUUUCCAUCAUCGGAUGUAGAAUGUCUCUAAAGAUGCACAUGUUACAUUCUCAUUUAGAUAAAUUUAAAAGUAAUAUGGGUGCUUUUUCGGAAGAACAAGGAGAACGCUUCCAUCAAGAUAUAAUGGAAUUUGAGAGGCGUUACCAAGGCCAGUAUACUGAAAGUAUGAUGGGCGACUAUAUUUGGGGGUUAAUAAGAGAAACUUCUUUUGAACAUGCCAGGAAAAGUAAAUCUGUUCAUUUUUAAAUUAAAUAUUUAAAAAAGAACAGUUUUACUUUUCCAUUUACUCCAUUUUAAAACUCAUAUUGUAAGAAUUAUUCAUAAAUAAAUGUUCUGUAUGCUUUAAUAAAUUAUCUCUAUGUCAAUU